AUGGCGCAGGAACAAUUUUGGGCACAUUACAUUCAGUAUGAGUGGUGUAGAGGUAGCUGGACUGGUGCUCGGAUGUUUGCCGUUGAUUAUACAAGAGUUCCAGGCAUCGAGAGCUACAAUGAAGGACUUGAUCCCAUCAAAUCCUUCAUGAGAUGGGAGCAGCAGCUGCCACAAUUCAUACGGAAGCUUAGGACACAACAUGUCCAUUACGCGCUGUCGAUACGGUAUCUCCUCGAGCCUAUCACGUCCGAAGUCGAACUGGACGAGAUGCUAGCGGAUCCAGGGUCCUCACAGCAGCUAUGGAAGAGCAAGGAAAUGGCACUCAGGUUGCAGGAUAGGCUUCAAGAGUCUUACCAGGCAUACCACAAUACAAUAACAGAUAUUGAGCGGAUUACCAAGCUGAUAGCAAGCAAGCUGGAUCUUGAACGGGCUACUGAACUUACCCGCAAUGAUCUCGAAUCCUUAGUCGCCGCCAACCCAAAGAAGGGCGAUAAAUUCGAGCUCCGGAAGCGAAUUCGAUUUGGGAUGAACAAGAAGACCAUCAAAGGACUACUGAACGAGCUUGACGAGUGCAACAAGGAGCUUGAGAGAUUCAGUGAAAAGACGGAGAAGAUUCAGACUUAUCGAAAGUCCGUUAAACCAGCAAACGCGACGCGUGUUCGACGAUUGCAAGGCUACGCAAAGAGUCUCCAUGAUUCCCUCACGCUGUGCUGGUCGUGUGCAUGCAGAUCCUCCCACAGGUCUAAUUUGCAAUUAGACCCACGAGAUGAUUUGUUUGACAGAGGACCAAAGAAGGCCACUAUUUCCUCUAAGAUCAGUUUCAAUGUCUCAUUUUCCACACUGGAUACCGACAACAAGCAGACACCAUGGCUGUGGCAAGCGGCUGAGAUCUCAAUUGAAGAUGAACCUGAAGAAGACACGGCCAACCUCACAGCAUUUUCACCGUCAAAAUCUAAGAUUGCCAAGACUGUCAGCUUUGGUACGCCACCACCAUAUUCUGUGGAUGACCCUAUUAUCGCUUCUGCUGGGCCACUGGAAGAAGUGAAAGACCUAUGCGCGUCAAUACAGCAGCUGAAAGGUAAAUCAGCUAUUGGAUUUUCGCUUGACAGUAAGAGCAUCCUCAGAGGCGUCUAUCGUGUCGAUACUGUCAGGAAAAUUCCAUCCUCACCAGGCGCAAUAUCACUGGAUGAUCUACUGGCCCGCCCCUCAGUGUUGGGAGGGAAACGCACAAAGCUGAGCAAGCGGGAUAGAUACAGUCUAGCUUUGACUCUUGCAUGUAGUGUGCUCUAUUUGAACUCUACUCCAUGGCUCACCAACCAGUGGACUGCGAAGGAUAUAUUCUUCCACAAAAGUGGCACAACCCCUUGCGAUAUUGAUAUCGAGCACCCGUACGUCGCUCCGGGCACUGUCAAUCUCACCACAGGUCAGAGUCCAUGCAGCUGGAAGAACAAGAACACAGUCUUACUCGCACUGGCCAUCGCCCUCCUCGAGCUCUACUUUGGUAUAACAGCAGAGAAAUACCAGGAGUCAGAGCAUGGCGCUACCGACCCAGCCCUGCAUCAGAACCCCUGGCAACUCUGCUCCAUGGUCCACACGUGGGCAGAAGAAUCGCAAGAUGACCUCUCGGCAGCGUUUCUGAGCGCCGUGAAGCACUGUCUUCACUGCUUCAGCGAGCCUGGGGCUAGCUUGCAGGACGCGGAGUUCUUGCAAGCGGCAGUGGAGGGUAUCGUAUUGCCGCUACAGGAAGAAUUGUCUCAUUUUCUGGGCAAAUCAAUGACAUGA